UUGUAAUCUGUCGAUAUAGCUCUGGCUUCUUUGUUUGCUGGCAUUGUUCUGUGGUUUUGAAUACUACUAGUUCAGAGUCACUAGAAGAUGUUUAUGUUUGUUUCAUUGGAUGCAGGCGUUGAAUCGGUAUACGAGUGGGAGGGAAAGGUUCAGAGUGAUUCCGAGGAGCUCCUGAUAAUCAAAACAAGGCAAUCCCUUCUAGAGUCUCUAACCGAGCACGUCAAUGCAAAUCACGAAUACGAUGUGCCAGAAGUAAUUGCAUUGCCCAUCACUGGUGGGAGCGACAAGUAUCUAGAAUGGUUGAAAAACAGCACAAGGAACUGAUAUCUCGACGUCUCGUAAGCUGUCCAGCGGGGUCGGUCAAUGGCUUUGUAGUUUGUAGUAUUGGUUUCCUUUACAUUUCAACAACCUCUGUAUUAAAAAUAAAACGUCUGAAAAAUAAAACGUGUGAAGUGUAAUCCUGGACCAGUUCGUCAAAUGACAUAUUGCUUAAAA